CAAUGGAAGAUCCUCGUAUUUCGCUCUGCUGGUGAGGACACGCCAGUCAAAGAGAGUGGAGACUGAGCAGAGCGCACAGUACAGUCAGCGAUAUUCUGAUGUCAUGUGAAACAACUGGAAGAAUAUUGGAUAUUUGUAUUUAUGAAAACGGACCAGUGGCUUCAAAACACUGACAUUCGCGUAAUUUGUUUUUUUUCCAACGUUUUACGCGCGCUGAAGUGCCCAUGGCGCUUUUUACGCACUGCAUGUAACCAGUGAUUUGGAGCCUAAAACUAUCGUAAACAUGGAUUAAACAGCAGGUAAUCUUUCUUUACUUUAGGAGAGCUGAAAUGGCGGCACUUCGUAGGAAAUUUGGUGAAGACUACCAGGUGGUCAACACAAACCGGGCUACCACUUUUGCUGCUCCGGUUAAGAAAAAACGCCAGCGCUUCGUGGACAAGAACGGUCGCUGCAAUGUGCAGCACGGAAACCUCGGGGGAGAGAGCAGCAGGUACCUCUCUGACCUCUUCACCACUUUGGUAGACUUAAAGUGGCGAUGGAACCUUCUCAUCUUCACCCUAACUUACACCAUCGCUUGGCUGUUCAUGGCAUCUAUGUGGUGGACCAUCGCUUAUAUCAGAGGAGACAUACAUCAUGGCCAUGGCCAUGACCCUUCCUACACCCCCUGUGUGGCCAAUGUUUACAAUUUCCCCUCCGCUUUUCUGUUCUUCAUCGAGACUGAGGCCACAAUCGGUUACGGUUACCGGUACAUUACAGAGAAGUGCCCGGAAGGCAUCAUCCUCUUCUUGUUCCAGUCACUGAUGGGCUCCAUAGUGGACGCUUUUCUCAUCGGAUGCAUGUUCAUAAAAAUGUCCCAACCUAAGAAACGUGCAGAGACGCUCAUGUUCAGCCAGGACGCGGUAAUUUCUCAGCGAGACGGCAAGCUGUGCCUCAUGUUCCGUGUGGGCAACCUGAGGAACAGCCACAUGGUGUCCGCUCAGAUCAGGUGCAAACUCAUAAAGUCUCGUCAGACCCCUGAGGGCGAGUUCCUGCCUCUGGACCAGUGUGAACUGGAUGUUGGUUUUGGGACAGGAGCAGACCAGCUCUUCUUGGUUUCACCUCUCACUAUUUGCCAUGAAAUCAAUCCCAAGAGCCCUUUUUUCGACUUAUCCCAGCGCUCCCUCAUGAACGAACAGUUUGAGAUUGUCGUUAUCCUCGAAGGCAUCGUGGAAACCACUGGUAUGACAUGCCAGGCACGGACAUCAUAUACAGAGGACGAGGUUUUAUGGGGUCAUCGCUUCCUGCCGGUGAUGUCCCUGGAGGAGGGCUUUUUCAGGGUAGACUACUCUCAGUUCCACAGCACGUUUGAGGUACCGACUCCACCGUACAGUGUCAAGGAGCAUGAAGAGAAAAAUGCACUGCCCUCACCUCUCUCCACUCCCACCCACACACUCAAUGAGAGUCACGGUGCCCGGCGUGACCGGGUGUUUUCCGUGGAUUGCAUAAACACAUCUGAGGAUAGAAGGGGAGGGGCUGGGGGUCGACUGCCGAGCAAGCUUCAGAGGAUGAGUUCUUCGGGGAAGGAUGACCUGCAGAGGAAGGUGCUCCGGCUCAGCUCCCAGCACUCGGAGAAGGCCUGCAGCACAGGAGACCUGCCCCUGAAGCUGCAACGCCUCAGCUCCUCGCAAGGGCCCGAGAUGGCAAACCAGCUGGAACUCAAGGCCCUCAAGGUGGGCUUCGAACCCAUGACCCAGUCAACUGGAGACCUGUAUGAACCCAGCUUAACGCCAACGCUGGCCCCGGCUCCGGUGCCCGUGUACAGCCCUCUGCUGUCAGCUGGACGGAGGCCAGAGGACAACCUGCCAGCAAAGCUCCGGAGGAUGAACGCUGACCGCUGAAAACCAUAGACAAUCCCAACAACACAUUCCCACUGACCUCCGUCAAGAAGAAGAAGAAGAAGA